AUGAAGUUCCGUAACAGUGCUCAAUGUAGCAAUAGUCCCCCUUCUAUGGAUACAAAGAGUGAAGUCAGCACGGAGAUCGUCAAGCCAAGCACAGUGUCAAGGACAGAAAAAGAUCCCGAUGUUGAGAACAGCAAAGUGGAAGAGGAAAGCCAAGAGAAAGAACUCACGUAUUUGCACGGGUGGCGCUUGUACAUAUCAACAGUAGCACUAUGGAUUAUCAUUUAUCUUGUUAAUAUGGAAGCUUCUAUCGUGAGCACCGCUUUAGUUGCCAUGACCAGCGAUCUCCACGGUUUUGACAAAUCCAGCUGGAUCGUUUCCGGCUACCAAAUUUCAUACACAGGUUUUUUGGUCAUCUGGGCCAAGAUGAGCGACAUCUUUGGCCGCAAAUAUUCCUUGAUGACCGCAGUCUUCAUUUUCGCGGGUUUCUCGGGCGCUUGCGGGGCAGCCCAAACCAUGACACAGCUAAUUGUCGUCCGUGUCCUGCAAGGUAUUGGCGCAUCAGGUGCCUUUGCCGUCACAAUGGCUAUUGUUUACGAGAUGGUCCCAAAAGCGAAAUUGCCUCUCUAUACUGGUAUAUGUUUUAUUAUUGUUGCUUUGGCGACGACCAGUGGGCCGUUGAUGGGGGGUGCUAUCGUGACAAGAGGUUCUUGGCGUUGGCUGUUCCUACUGAAUGUUCCAGCAGCUGCUAUCGUAUUUGUAGUGCUACUUAUUUGUAUGCCAGCACAAUUUGGAACCCCAAAGAAUUCGGCACCCAGUCCUGUGCAGAAGGACACUAUCUGGAGACUGCUUAAGAAAAUCGAUGUCAUAGGAGCAGUUCUGUUACUCGGUGCUUCAUUCUUACUUGUUACAGCAUUGCUUGAAGCCUCCACGUCAUUCACCUGGUCCUCAGCCGUUGUCAUCGCUCUGCUUGUGCUGUCGGUUGGGAAGGAACAAGAAGAAAUGUUCCCCUGGCGGUUUGUGAAAAAUCGAGCUUGGAUGGCAAUGCUAUUAGUAUCUUUUCUUGUUGGAAUACCCAACAGCGCGAUAUUGAUAUCGAUCCCUCAACGUUACCAAGUCGUCGACUCCUCAUCUCCUCUCCAAGCUGGUAUUCGCCUGUUGCCCUAUACUAUCGCGAAUCCUAUUGGAUUAUUGGUCGGAAACACUAUUGGCGGUGCAACAAAGAUUGCGCCUAUUUACCUCUUAUUUGGUAGCUCUCUAAUACAGCUGCUCGGUAUCGCGCUGCUCGAUAUGAUACCAGUUAAGGGAGGCAUGCUAGCAAGUAUGUAUGUGUUUGAGAUAUUAAUAGCUUUAGGAGUCGGGGUAACGGCUAGUGUGACAAUGCUUGCGACCCCACAUUGCGUUGAAUCGAAAGAUCUUGCUGUCGGUACAUCAUCUAUGGUUCAAGCACGGAUGCUAGGCUCAGCUAUCGGGCUUGCUAUCGCGAUGAGUGUUCUCAACUCUAAUUUAAGCGCUUCGUUAGGUUCCGCUUUAUUACCAUCACAGAUCACCUCAUUGCUUCAAGAUUUUGAUUUACUGAAUACAUUCAAUCCAAAUUUACAGGAGAAAAUUCGUAGCAUUUUUGGAACAGGUUUUCGUCUCGAGAAUCGGAUCAUAAUUGCUAUAGCCGGCGUGCAGGUUUUGGCUGUUGGCUUGAUGUGGAAGAAGCAGCAAAUUAGUUUGCAUAGCAAUUAG